AUUUUUGGUUUUACGCGCCCUGCUCCUCCGGUGGGAAACCUUCUUUGCGAGCUUUCUUUCUUUGCACAAAUUGACACCCGGGGUUUGUGUUGAUAAACAGUGAGGAAGAAGGAGAAGGAGAAGGAGAAAGAGAAGAAGAGGAAGCAGACCAGGGCGGACCAAAGGGGGCCAAAAACUCACCAGGUAUGGCGGCGGUGUUGCCGAGAACCCUGGGUGAGCUGCAGCUCUACAGGAUCCUGCAGCGAGCAAACCUGCUCUACUACUACGAGGCCUUCAUCCAGCAGGGCGGCGAUGACGUGCAGCAGCUAUGCGAGGCCGGGGAGGAGGAGUUCCUGGAGAUCAUGGCCCUCGUCGGCAUGGCCAGCAAGCCGCUGCACGUGCGACGCCUGCAGAAGGCGCUGCGAGACUGGGUCACCAACCCGGCUAUCUUCAACCAGCCGCUCACCUCCCUGCCUGUCUGCAGCAUCCCCGUCUACAAGCUGCCCGAGGGCUCGCCCACGCUGCUCAACGCUCAGGACCGAGCCAACACAGCCAGCGUCAAGAUGCCCAAAGCCGUCGCAGCCGCCUGCUCAGAUCCAGGGAAGCUGGACGUGGCACGGGACAAAGUGUCAGCUGGGUCGCCCCUGCAGGGCAGCAGCGAGGCGCGAUUCUGGUCGGGCCACAGCAACGACAGCGAGCACAGCCUGUCGCCGUCGGACCUCGGCUCCCCGUCCUCGCCCAGGGACGCUCUGGAGGCUCUGGAUGCUGCAGCUGUCCAGUCGGUCCUGGAGUGUGUGGACAGGAUGGCACCUGGACUUCCUAAAACAGACCUGGCUGAGGUUAAAGAGCAGCUGAAGAACAACAAAAAGCUUGCAAAGAUGAUCGGACACAUCUUUGAAAUGAGCGACGAUGACCCACGGAGGGAGGAGGAGAUUCGUAAAUACAGCGCUAUCUAUGGACGCUUUGACUCCAAGAGGAGGGACGGCAAACACCUGACGCUGCACGAGCUGACGGUGAACGAGGCGGCGGCUCAGCUCUGUAUGAGGGACAUGGCUCUGCUCACACGCCGAGACGAGCUGUUUGGACUCGCCCGGCAGAUUUCCAGAGAGGUCACCUACAAAUACACCUACCGCACCAGCAAGUCUCGCUGUGGAGACAGAGACGAGCCGUCCCCAAAAAGGAUAAAAACAGAGGAGAACUUCUUCGACAUCCAGGAGGCGCUGCAGGCCAUCCACAUGAGGCAGGAGAUGCUGAGGGAGCAGCUGGCCUGCGCCAAGUUGAAAGGAGAGGAAACCGUGGGGCGAAAUCUGCAGAUGCAGCUGGAUCGUCUGCUGGCGAGGCAGAUGGAGAUCCUGCAGGACGCCGCCGUUCAGGAGCGACUCCAGGCUCUGGACUGGAGGAUCCCCCCCGCCGCUUUGAAGUACCUCAACGACGCCCAGAACACUAACGGAGCCACUGCCGACGCCAGCAGAGACAGCCAAGAUGAACGUCCCAUCAACUUGCGGGUGGUUAGUCAAAGCAUGCAGGAAGGCGACCUCCCAUUGGGCAAGCAGCUAGCCAAUGAACUGAAGCGUCAUCACAACCACAACAACAACAACCACAACAACAACAACAACAGCAACACAGAUGAGACCAAAACACCAGCAACGGAAAACGGGACGUCGCAGCGGGCACCCAGCAACGCAGAAAAGAAGACCAUCAAGUCAGAGCCGGAAGACUCCACAUAGUGCCUCCCGCCUCACCCACGCACCACCCAACCCCCUUGUACCCACCCCCAAUUCAUUCUACUCACACUUGACAGUAUGCAGUUAUUACCCGUCAAUAGAUACUAAGCAAGCACAGCCACAGUAGAGCCUUAACAACCAAUGUUGCCUCAUGAAUAGCAUUUAUUUUCUUUGAUUUAGUCUUUUUGUUUUUUGGUUUUUUCUUUGUUUGUUUGUUUUAAAAGGUAUUUGCCAAAGCACCCAGAGAGCAUGUGGAGAAGCCCCUCAGUGCUCUGCGGGUCUUUGUCUUUGUUAGAUUUCCAUGUAAUUUAAGAGUGAUCUGUUGCAGACUUCUGUGUACUCUUUACCUCUGCCUGGGUCUUAUUUUUGUUGCUUUGGUGGGACAGCCGGGUUCCAGGCUGUGAUCCCGGGGCUGAGUCUUAACUCAAACGCAGAUUCAGAGAUGAGACACAAGCAGAAACGUCCACACUGAGGCGAGCUCAGCGUGUUGGUAACACUUUGUAUGACUACAGUCCAAAACUACAUUGGAUGGAUUCCUGUUCGAUUUUACAUCAAAACAUUUGUUUAUGACCAAAUGUCUGCAAAUCUAAUGACAUCUGUUUCAGCCUCAUCUGGACACAACAUAAUAGUAGUCAUACAACAUGUAACCUAAUUUUGAGGUUAAUGACCAGAAAUGUAAUUGUCUGUAGGCUGCCGUGGCUGAUUUCCAAAAAUUCACAAGCCACUUUCACGACUUCACAAGCCAGAUAGAAUUUUUGAUAAUAAGAAGAACAGAACUUAUGAGCAACAGCCAAAGACUUAGUGGCGUUUUGCUGGUGGCUUGUGGUCGUUUUCCUGGCCGUCACCUUCUUCUGAGCCUCCGUCUUUCUCCCAAAUCUAACUUAUGUGUCUGCAUUUGUACUGUAACUCAAAGCAAAAGUAUAGAAGUACUGUAGGGAGAUUGAGUUUGGAUUCAGCCCCUUUAGCAGGUUAGUUUUUUUUUUUCACUUCAAAUGGGGAAACAGGAGGAGUGGGAUCGAUCCUUCUUCCUCGCUCUUGUCUUGUGUAUAUUUAUGGGAGGUAAUUUAAGAAGAGGAUGUAUAGGAGCUGUUGUGGAAUAACAACAGGGGACCUCUGUCAUUCGUCUUGGCAGGAUGGCUGGGCUGGCAUGCCGGAGGCCGAGCUAAUUGGUUCAUUUCACUUUGUAAUUUAGCAAAACACUGCUGUUGAACCGAAACCAUGCAUCUACAAACAGGGAGCAUUUCAGGAAUAAAGACGCCUGUGUGUUUUUUAGAAGUAAUCCAACGAGCUUUCAGGAGACCCCACGGGUCGUCGAAGCGCUCAGUAUGAAAACUUUCAGCUGAACACCAGAAAAUAUUAGCGAUUGCAGGUUUGUGGUUUUUCAACAACAGUGCAAAAAGCAAAUGUCCUGUGUAUCGCUGCUCUUUGUGGAGCGGCAGCCUGGGUUCUGUAAAUAGUACCAUGAUAACAAAUAGUGCUAGCCUAAUCUCUCAACCAGGGUUUUCCUUUGUCAAGUGUAACUUUGCUGUAGAUUUUUGGUGUCAAUACAGUGUUUAUGUAUGUAGAGCAAAAUCAAAAAAAGAAAUCUUAAGUGUCAUUGAGGAAAAAAUCCAACAGUGUGAAAGUGUCUGGUAUAUAAAAACAUGCUUUACAUGAUGAUAAUGUUGAUUAGCCUUAGCUCUUAACGGUUUUUAAUCCACCUGUGAUGGCCAUCAGUGCAUAUUUCAAAGAUGUGUUUUUGCUGUUUAGAGGUAGAUACAUAACAAGUUAGUGUUCACUGUGUUUUUGUGUGUUCUCCACAUUGUGUAAAUACGUCUGUUUGGUCCAGGAUGAUGAUAAUGUCCAGACAAUUUAGUCUAACUCUCUCUCCCCCCACUCCCUGCAUAUAGUUUAGUCUCACUCAGCGUAAUGACAGACCAAUGCAAUAUUUAUGUAAGUAAUAAGUCUAUCUGCAUCCUGUAUGGAUCCAUCGUUUGGUUAUGUGCUCAGUAACUGUAUGUCUGUCAUCAGGGUGGGAAUUCACCUACAAUGUGGGAAAUGUUUGUGCUGUCUCACUUUCAGUGCACAGAGCACUGCAUUUGUAUUUGUAUUUAAAGACAUUGUGCUCUUUUCCAUCAGGUUGUUUUGUUUCCAGCAGCCACUGUGGCAAGAACAUAACGCAGAUCUGUUGUAAAAAUCAAGUUCACUAUAGCUAAGGGGGGCUAGUGAAUUCUGGGAGACGAAGCCAUCGUGGUUUGGCUCAAACACUGGCCCAGUGAGUGUGUCUGUGGUACGAUGUUUCGGAGAAUAGCGCAUGUCUGACCUGCCGUCUCACUGAUCACCGUUCUCCUCACUGUUUAUUGUAAAGUGAUAGAUUAGGCUUCACCUAGUUAUGCACCUGUUUUUUAAACACUAAUAUAUUUUAUUUGUUAUACAGCACAUAAACA